UCUGUCAGGAUGAAUAGCCUGUGAAUUUCAAAAACUGCGAUUGAGGCGGCUAAGCAAGAGAUGUUAUGGGCGCGCCUCAAGUUCACCCCCCGCAAAAAUUCCAUUUGCACAAUCCACAAUGCAGUAUUUACAGAUAUCUAUUCACAAACCAAAGCUGCUUGCACCGUUGAUUUCACGCGUCUCCUUGACGCUUGCAUUAAGUCCAAAUCGUUAAUUGAAGGCAAGAAAAUCCAUCAGGUGCUCAUUAAGAACCAAAAUGACUAUCUGCAUCUUAUUCCUUCACCUUUGCUUGAAAAGGUCACGCAUUUAUACAUUGCGUGUAACCGAGUGGAACUUGCACGCCAUGUGUUCGAUGAAAUUUCGAACCCAAGUGUUAUUAUAUGGAAUUUGAUGAUCAGGGCGUAUGCGUGGAAUGGACCCUUUGAAGAAUCCCUUCGUCUGUAUUGGUGGAUGCUUGACUCGGGUAUGAGACCGACCAAAUUCACGUUCCCAUCUGUUCUUAAAGCAUGUUCGGGAUUGCAAGCUUUAGAAGAGGGUAAAGAGAUACAUGAUCAUGUGAGAAGACUUGGGCUUGAGUCGGAUGUGUUUGUUUGUACUGCUUUAAUUGAUUUGUAUGCGAAAUGUGGGGACUUGGUUGAAGCUCGAGGAGUCUUUGAUGGCAUGUCUUAUAGGGAUGUUGUGGCAUGGAAUGCAAUUAUUGCUGGAUUUUCGCUUCAUGGAAAGUAUGAAGAGACAAUCCAAUUGCUGUUAGAGAUGCAAAAAGAACGAAUAAACCCCAAUUAUUCUACUAUAGUGGGGAUUCUUCCCACGGUUGCUCUAGCUACUGCAUUGAGGCAAGGGAAGGCUAUACAUGGUUUCUGUGUGAGGAGGGUUUUCACCAAGGAUGUUGUUGUGGCUACUGCACUUCUGGAUAUGUAUGCCAAAUGUUACUGUUUAUCGUAUGCAAGGGGAAUUUUUGACAUGAUGGAGGUUUGGAAUGAGGUAACUUGGAGUGCAAUGAUUGGAGCUUAUGUCAUGUGUAAUUUUAAUAGAGAGGCAUUGGAGCUAUAUGAUGAAAUGAUGAUUGACAAUCAUAUGAUUCCUUCAUCGGUAACUCUUGGCAUCGCAGUUCGAGCUUGUGCAAAGUUAACUGACCUCAGUAAAGGGAGAUGCUUGCAUUGUUUUACGAUUAAGUCAGGAUUAGUUCUAGAUUUGAUGGUAUCCAACACACUAAUUUCGAUGUAUGCAAAGUGUGGCAUUAUAGAGGAUGCUCUAAGAUUCUUCGAUGGUGUGAAUUUGACAGAUACAGUUUCUUACAGUGCCAUCAUUUCAGGAUAUGUACAGAAUGGUAACGUAGAAGAGGCUUUACGUUUCUUCCAAGAAAUGCAGUUGUAUGGAAUUGAGCCAGAUAUGGCUACCAUGAUUGCUAUCCUACCAGCAUGUUCACAUUUGGCUGCUUUACAACAUGGGACUUGUGGCCAUAGCUACUCAAUUGUUCGUGGCUUUGUUGCUGAUACCUCAAUUUGUAAUGCUCUUAUAGACAUGUACUCAAAGUGUGGGAAGAUUUGUAUUGCAAGGGCUGUUUUUGACAGGAUACUUAAGCGUGACAUCGUUUCAUGGAAUACAAUGAUAAUUGGCUAUGGAAUGCAUGGGCUUGGCAUGGAAGCACUUGUGCUGUUCCAUGACAUGCUAGCAGCUGGUUUAAAUCCAGAUGAUGUGACUUUUAUCUGCCUCUUAUCAGCUUGCACUCAUUCAGGACUUGUUGUUGAGGGAAAACACUGGUUUAAUGCUAUGAGUCAAGAUUUUGACAUAGUUCCACGUAUGGACCAUUAUGUAUGUAUGGUAGAUCUUUUGAGCAGAGCUGGACUUUUAACUGAGGUGCACAAUUUCAUUGAGGAAAUGCCUUUUGAGCCAGAUGUUCAUGUAUGGAGUGCAGUGCUUGCAGGUUGUCGGAUCCAUAAGAACAUUGAAUUUGGCGAAGAAAUAUCAAGGAAGAUACAUAGGCUAGGAACUGAAGGUACCGGAAACUUUGUUCUUUUGUCUAAUAUGUAUAGUGCUGUUGGGAGGUGGGAUGAUGCAGCGCAGAUUAGAAUCAUGCAGAAGGACCUCGGUUUUAAGAAAAGCCCAGGAUGCAGUUGGAUUGAGAUCGGUGGGGUUGUACAUGCAUUUAUUGGAGGAGAUAGGUCCCACCCACAAUCAGUAGAGAUAAACAAGAAACUAGAUGAACUACUAGCAGAGAUGAAGAAAUUGGGUUAUUGUGCAGAAUCUAGCUUUGUUCUCCAAGAUAUUGAAGAAGAGGAAAAAGAAAGAAUCCUCCUUUAUCACAGCGAAAAACUUGCUAUUGCAUUUGGAAUUCUUAGGCUCGGUCCCAGCAAACCCAUUCUGAUAACUAAGAAUUUGCGAGUUUGUGGUGAUUGUCAUACUGCAAUAAAACUUAUAACUCUGGUCACAAAGAGAGACAUAACAGUGAGAGAUGCAAGCAGAUUUCACCAUUUCAAGAAUGGCAUCUGUAACUGUGGAGAUUUCUGGUGAGGGAACGGAGAAAUUUUCAGGUAAUGAAUCUUGAUGAUGCAUAUAGUUGAACCACUCAUACCUUCCAUAAAAACUGACACGAUAACUAGCUCUGCCCUAUCAAACCGCCCUAUUCAAACUGCUGCUGCACCUUCAAUAUGCUUAGCAUCUAAGUAUCCAACCUUAUUCUGUCAAACCCAUCAAGCCACUAAAUUUUGGCGAGCAUAGAGCACAUCACGUGGGGUGACCAAUUACAUCAGCAAUGCUGAAUAGUGCGCAAACUUCAAAUUCAGUAUCAUUCUAUCAGCGAUUACCUGCAGGAAUGCCUAUGUGAACAGAUCAAAUAUGCAUGUAGACGACAAGGGCCAACACAAACCAAUAUUCAAGAUACAUAGUGGAUGGCGAGGUGACAAAGGUGCACAGAGCUGUCAGAACAUAGUAACGGGGAGGGGAUUUCGAUGUAUAAAUUUUCAUGGGGUACAAUGAAUUGGCGGUGCCCUUUUUUAUGAAGAAAAUUAAUUUUAUCAUUAGUUUUUUUUAGCAUGUUGGAGGAAUCGAAUCUUCAACCUGUUUGAAAUCCUAAGGAGUAUCGGCCACUACAACAAGGCCGAGAGUUCCUUGUUUAAUUCGUGGCGCUUUUGAGAGAGUUUGGUUGGAUAUCCUGCAUCAGCAUAAUUCCAGCAUUCUCCUCUGAAACUCCUGCUGAUUGACCACUGCCACCUUCAACACAAGCAAGUGUAAGCUAUCUUCUUGUAAUGUGACUGAAUUAUCUGCUGUAAGGUGAGAGGGGUAUUUGCUAAAGUUUUGUCUGACUGGAUGGUGAAAUAUUAAUGUUCCAAGUUGAGGCCUCGGUUGUCUUCACUGUUUAGCAGGUGUUGGAGAUAGCAAAAUGUCUCAGAAUACAACUUGAUUUGUAGACCUUAGACGGCCGGGCUUCCCGCUUUUGUCAAGGUAUCUUUUGAUCCUUUGUCUCUGGUAAAACUGUGGAAAGCAUAUCACAAGUUCACAUUCACCACAGUAGCAAAUAGUAUUGGUGGAAGAACCCUAGAUGAUUCUUGAACAUUGCCAUCCUCAGUUUUUGUUCCUCCAAAGAAGUUGGAAGAAUGCAAAACCAAAACAUCUUGGAUUUUUUUGUGAAUAAUGCAAUUUGAUUCCCAGAAUCCUCUUUGAUUAUAGGAUUUAGUCAUGAAAUUUGAUUUGGACAGUGUUCAUAUCUGUUAUUGAGUUGUCUACCU